CUUUAUAAAUAUUAUGGAGUUUAUAAGCAAAAUUAAUAUUUGUGUUCUAACGUCACUACUGUUUUUAACAGGUGGCGGUAAAGGUAAAUAAUGUAAAGUUACAUCGAAAAGGACAAAGAUAAUGAGGAAAAACGUCCAAGAAGAAACAUUGUAAUGGGACUGAGAGCCUGCAGCACAGUAAACAGGGUCGCGCGAGGUUUUAAGCGAUCACUUGCUUUCUACCUAGUCUCGCGUUGCCUCCUCGUGUGAGGUUGCUAUGGGCAACUGACAACGGAGAAAGAAAGGCGAGAGAAACCACCGAAAGAGCAACCAAUGGGAUUUACCUUCAUUAAUUAAGCUCGUGAUACUCAAAAUUAUUUAGUUGUUAUUUCUGUAUUCAUUUAACUUUCUAUAAUUUAGAAAAAUGUCGACAGUUCUUAACACGGUUAGCGCAGUGUUGUCGGAGACGGGAUGGGACGAGCGCUUCGCUAUCCCCGAGCCCAACGCCGAGAACAAGGCUUUGAUAGACGAGAUUCGUAGGAAAGAGGCCGAGUUGACGCAACUGGAAAGUAAACUUGAGAAAAACAAGUAUGACAAGCAGUUUAAGGCCGAAAGCCUCAAAAAUGUUAAACAAGAGCUGGAAAAUACUGAGGCUUUGUGCAGGGCCAUUGAAAAAGAGGAGGAGAUGGAGAAACACCUCACAGCCCUGGCAGAGAGAGAGACGGGUCGUCUGGCACAGGAGAACGCCAAGAUGGAGAAUGAGCUUCGAUCAUUGGCAGAGAGGAGUGACAUGCUAGAGAACCAGGCCUUUAAGGCUAAACAGAAGCUAGACGAGUUUAGAGCUCAGAUGAACUGGGACCAGCAGACCAUGAGCGCUUUCCUGGAGGACUCAAAGUGCAAACAUGAGGAUACGAUGGCCAUCAUCAAGUACGCUCAGCAAGAUGAGCAGAGGAUCAAGUCACUAACUCUGGCCAUAGAGAAGAAGAAGCUGGAGGCCAAUGAAAAGCGCAAAGCACUCGACAAGGAAAUGACUGAGACCAUAACAGCUCAGAUCGCUUUGGAUCGGACUAUAGAGAAUCUGCAGCAGACGCAUUUAGAGACACAACAGCUGAUUCACCAGUGGGAGAACACCAUCAAGCAGAUGAAGCAUCGAGACGCUGACAUGCAUCAGUGUGCACUGCGACUCGCCGAGGCCAACCAGACAAUCAGGGAAAGGAAUGCUACCGUUGCGGAGAGCAAGCAUUUACUGGAUAUGCAGAAGAAGAACAACAAGGAGACGGAGGGAAAGAUAACCAAAGCCAGUCAACAGGCUGUGAAGCUGCGGCACGUUUUGAAGGAGCAUGAAAAUAACUGCAGCAGACUGCAGGACGAGCUCGACACCAGCAGAGGCACGCUGGACAAAGCCACCACUGAGGUGGGAUCUCUGACGUCAAACAUAUCCAGGAUGAAGAAGGACAUCCAGAUGUUUCAUAACAAGUUGGAGGAGGCCAGGACGUACAACGCUGCGCUGGUAGAGAAGCUAAAGGAUGAAACUCAGACUGCCCUAAGUGAGGAGGAGAAAGCUGCUCAGAUGGACCAGUUCCUAAGGGAUGAGGAGCAGGCAGUCAAGGAGUUGGACGUGCAGCUUCGUGCCUGCAGGGAAGAACUGUUUCAAGGUAAAGAGCAACUGCAGGCUGAAAAGACCAAGGAGAAAGAUUCUGUUGCCCAGGUUUUGAGGAGUAAAUCCACUAUCACCAGUUUGAACAACCAGCUCAGACAACUGGAUAAAGACAUGAUAAACCAGCAGAAGACCAUUAAUAAACUGGACAUCAAGAUCAACAGCCUUGUCAAAAAACUGGCCCGGCUGCAGGGUGACAUUCACUCAGAUGAGAAACAGAUGCUAGAGGUGAAGAUCGCGGAGCUGACCAGAGCCCUAGAAGAGAAGAAGACCAAAGCAAACAUGUUAAGCAACACACUCAAGGAAUCAGAGAGUGAUAUCCGCAAUUUGAAGAAGGAGAUGGAGAGGUUGGAAGUUCAAAAGACAGGGUUGACAGAGAAGGUUGAUGAACUCAUGCUACUGUGUGAUACCACUAAAAAGGAGCUGAAGCGACUCCGACUGAGGAAACAGGACGCCAUGGUGGAGCACAACAUCAUGAAGAUCGAGGUCAAGCGCAUCAGAGAUCUGCUGUACGACAAAGCGGACACCGUGCUGUCUCUGGAGACGAAGAAGCUGGAGCUGCAGAAAGCCAUGAAGGAGAGAGAAGCUCAGGACAAGGUGCGCAGAGAAAUGCUCAACCAGCAGCUCAAAGUCACUGAGCAAGAGAGACAGCAGCUGAGCGUUGAACUCAAUGAGAAACUCGCCAAGAUCGACAUAAUGAAGAAACGCUUUGAGAUCAUGACGCUUUCAAUGGCAGCUCCCGAGGGCGAAGAGGAGAAGUCGCAGGCUUAUUAUAUCACCAAGGCUGCACAGGAGAAGGAGGAGCUGAGGCGCAAGGGAGACGCUCUGGACGCUAAAAUCCGCCAGGUGGAGCUGGAGAACAGAGGUCUGGAGAACACCAUCCAGCUGUUCGAUAACAGUAACUCUGCGUUUCGGAAAUCCCUCAACAAAGUCAAUGAAUCUGGUCAAGAACACCAGGAGAAGCAGAAGUUAGAAGAACAGUUGGGAGCAGCUGAAGAAAUGCUGAAGUACAAGAGGAAAGUAGUUCAGGAGCUUCAACUGGACCUGCAGGACAUGAACAAUACCUUUGAGAGCCUGCUGCAAGAAGAGCGGGUGGAAAGGGAGAAGAUGGAGCACAAAGAGUCGCUCAUCGGCAAACUGAGCAAAGAGGUCGCUUCCCAGCAAGAAAAGAUAGACAGAGCAGCCAAGCAGUGCUCUAAACUGACUAAAGAGAUCCGCUCAGCGUCGAAAACGAAGGGCGAGACGUCCGAGGAGAAGGAGAUUAGGCUGAGGGAGCUGAAAGAAUUCAACAGGUCUGUGGAUAAGAUGCUGAAUGAGGCUGUGGAGGACAACCCUGAGCUUCGAUCGAGUCUGGAGAAAUACUUCCUGCAGGCCAACCUCUCUUUUCCACCUCCAUCUUCCUCUGCUUUGAGCAACCGGAGCUCGAAGGCCAACUCCGCCCGCAACUCUGUGUCUCUCAGAUCUCCUGCGUCCUCCGCCGGCAGCAGCCCCCGGUCGCCUGCGCCUCAGUCCUCUGCACUGAAGACUGUGGAGUUGGGUUUGGAGCUGCCUGUGACGACCCCCCCUCCCACCACCUCCAGACGGUCCAGCGUCGCCAGCAGCAGCAGCAGCAGCAGCCGCAGCAGGAAGCUGAAGAAACCUUAGUUACACAGAAUCAGCACAUUUCACUACACCUUCUAAAUGACUGGCUUUUAUCUUAGGAUAGUUUUUGUGUCAUGCUAUUAUUGCAUGCUGUUAUUAUUCAUUGCAGUGUUGUUCUCUAAUGGGUUUGGAUGCUUUGGUCACAUACUGUGUUUAUUUAUAUAUUUAUUGUUGUUCUGCAAAUCCUGUAGCCUGAAAGGAUUUUCGUUUGAUGAAUUGAUAUACAAUUUUGAAUUUAAAAAGAGAAACAUGUUUUUAUUCUCUGACAACCAACCUGAUACAAAAGCAUGUCAAUAAAACAAAACAAGGA